AUGGCCGAUUUGAUUCGAGAUACCCCUAUUGGGCAAAUUGCCCGUUACCUUACGGGCGAUCGAGUCCUUUUAUAUCCUGAAGAAUUGCCUGGUUUUGUCUGCCCAUUGUCUUUCAACGACAGAAACUCCCAUCAGCAAAGUGAAUCAUCCUCAACCAACACCGCAACUCCAUCUACCAAUGAUAUUGAGCCGGGUGCAUCCAACCAAGUGAAAGAAAAGACAGCAUCCUCGCCAUACCUCGUCGAUUGGUACAGCGAUAAUGAUCCCGAGAACCCCCAGAAUUGGUCUGGCUGGCGAAAGGCAUUUGUCACUUUCCAAAUUUGCAUGUAUACCCUUGCGGUAUAUCUGGGAUCUGCGAUUUACACCCCAUCCGAGACCGGCAUCAAAGAGUAUUUUGGCGUAUCGCAAACUGUUGCAGCACUAGGUCUUUCACUUUAUGUUCUCGCCUACGGGAUAGGGCCUUUGAUAUUUUCGCCUCUCAGCGAAAUCCCUUCAGUUGGCCGGAACUGGCCAUAUAUCACUACCAUGAUCAUAUUUGUUAUCAUUUGUGUACCCACCGCUCUUGUCGACAAUAUCGGCGGUCUUCUUGUCUUGCGAUUCUUGCAGGGCUUUUUCGGCUCUCCGGCCCUUGCCACAGGCGCUGCGUCACUAGCGGACAUCUUUCCCAUGAUCCUCCUCCCCUACACCCUCUGCCUGUGGGCGAUGGCCGCCACUUCUGGUCCAGCACUUGGUCCUGUCAUUUCAGGAUUUUCCGUACCAGCCGAGACCUGGCGGUGGAGCAUGUGGGAGAUUCUAUGGCUAUCCGGACCUGUUCUUAUCUUGAUGAUUCUUUUCCUUCCCGAGACCUCUUCACAUAACAUUCUUCUCCGACGAGCACAGCGCCUCCGCAAAGUCACUGGAGAUUUGCAGCUACAGUCACACUCCGAGGUUGUUCAGUCAGGACUGACCGCUCGGGAUGUGGCAUUUGAAGCUCUGGUGAGGCCGAUGCAAAUGAUAAUUUUGGAUCCUGCAAUUGCAUAUACUGCAGGUUAUGCUGCACUGUGCUAUGCCAUUUACUACAGCUUCUUUGAGGUAUUCCCCAUGGUCUACAUAGAGCUCUAUGGCUUCAACGUUGGUGAGAUGGGGUUGACUUUCUUAUCCAUCACUGUCGGUACUGUGGUUGCCAUUGCGAUGUACUAUGUGUAUCUCCACUUCGUUGUCGGCCCGGCAAUUAGAUCCGGUGCACCUGAUAUCCCCGAAUACCGUCUCAUUCCAGCUCUUUUCGCCUCAUUUCUCCUACCCACCGGCCUAUUUAUAUUUGCGUGGACCGGGAAUGGGCACACGCACUGGAUUGUCAGCGUCAUCGGAAUCUUCUUCUUCACCGUCGGCAUGUUCCUGGUCAUGCAAUCAAUAUUCGCCUACCUCCCAGCCGUGUACCCACAGUUCACUGCUUCGACGUUCGCUGGUAAUGAUUUUGCUCGCUCGUCACUCGCAUUUGCAGCGGUGAUGUUCUCUCGUCCAAUGUAUGAAGCGAUGGGUAUUGGACCCGGAACAAGCUUACUCGGUGCUCUCACUGCUGCUUGUAUCGCGGGAAUUUUUCUUCUUUUCUUCUACGGUAAGAAGCUUCGUGCCAGAAGCAGAUUCUCAACGAAAUAUUGA